CUAUUGUAUAAUAUGAUCUAAGAUUAAAACAUUAUAAUUAGUAAUGUUAUUAUUAUUAUUAUUYUAUCAUCGCGCACGUCUCGUAUCAGUAUCGAUAGGACGUCGUAGUGAACGUUUCCUACCGAUCGCCAUCACUCCGCACUCGUCACCGCCGCCGUCUAUGGUACAACCACACGUAACCGCGUUUUAUACAUUAUUAUUAUUAUGGCCGUCUAUCCAUUUCCCGGCGGACGGCGGUCGUGCUGAUACGUUCGAUAAAAAACGCACCGUGGCGGCGACGGCGCUACCGAUCAAAUGUGUAGCGCACACCAAAUGCGAUAUUAUUAUUUUUUAAGCGUUGUUUGGAUUUAAUUGUUUCUCUGUGCUCGCGAAUAAUUAUUGUUGCUGCUAUCUACUCGCCGAUAAUCGUUACUACUGUUUUCCUUCUUCACAUGAUAUUUUCUUCGUUUUUCGUUUCGGUGACAUUCUCCAUAAGCCUUUGGCAAGAGGAGAAGCAUCUACUACGAGUGACACGGUGAGUGAGUCGUCGGUCGUCGGUCUGUGGCGGAAUGACGGACAAACUCUCCGGGAUUGAUUAAUAAAAUUAUUUGAUGCAUUACAAUCAUUUAAAAAAUCAUGGAUUCUAGAGAUAGUGAUGACAUGAAAGUUGAACCAUCUAGUCCAAUACGAAAUACAAAUCCAUUUAGUCGAUCUAGUAGUGGGAGUUCCCUACAUACAGGAAAUCAUAGUAGUAGUAGUGGUCAUGAAGAUGACGAUAGUGAAGAAAAAGGUUCACCAAAUAAUUACAAAGAAAGGCGACGAGAAGCUCAUACCCAAGCUGAACAAAAACGUCGUGAUGCCAUAAAAAAAGGUUAUGAUUGUUUACAAGAUUUAGUUCCAACAUGUCAGCAAACAGAUAGCAGUGGUUAUAAACUAAGCAAAGCAACAGUAUUACAAAAAUCCAUAGAUUACAUACAAUAUUUGCUGUUGCAAAAGAAAAAAUUAGAAGAAGAACGUAAUGCUUUAAGAAAAGAAGUUGUUGCAUUACGAAUUAUGCAAGCUAAUUAUGAACAAAUGGUAAAAGCUCAACAAAUUCCAAUGGGUCACGUUGAAACUAGAAUACCUGAUGAAGAAAAAUUUCAAAUGUUUCAGAAUAUUAUCGAUGAAUUGUUUUUUACAUUUUGUAAUAUUAAUGUUAACAAUUUUACUGAACUUUCUGCUUGCGUGUUCAGUUGGCUUGAAGAACACUGUAAACCUCAGACAUUACAAAAUUUAAUAGAAACUGUUCUUGAAAAGGAACCAAAAAGUCAUACACCUACCUCAUCCGACAAAACUUCACCAUAAAGUAUAUUUCAUUUAUUUAGUUUUAUUUUUUACCAAGUAUCCGAUUAUUGUUGUAUAAUUUUUAAUUAU